AUCUUUACCAGUCAAUAAAAUGUCGUCAUGGUGUCAAAACUUUUUUCUAAAUUUAGUGCUGAUUGUGACCACCAAUAACAACCCUACUCCAAAACCCACCUCACAUCGUAAUGGUUAACAAUAACAGCUACACGUCUCACUGUUACUUUUUAAAAACUGAAGCUUCCCAAGUGUGAUGAAAAAAAAAAGAGAGAGCAUGUUUUUCCUUGUGUUUUCCCUUUGUAUGUUAGUUGGUGCCUCAGUGAAAAUUUCAGAUGUUUUGCCUAAAGGUAAAGUAAAAAAAAACAAGUAAAUUUUGUUGUUUUUCACAGGUAUGGCUUUAUAGAUUCAAAUAAUUUUUUUGCUUUUAUUUUGAAGUGAGAAUUAUAAAGGUCUCACAAUUAAAUACGACUUUAUGACUCUAUAUCACAGAUUAGACCCGAUUAAAAAAUCAGACUUAGAGUUUAGAGGAAAAAAGUUUAUAAUUUUGUAUAUUCGAAUUUUUUCCCUGAAAAAAAAUGUAUUUAUCCAAGUAGGACAACUAUCUCCAAGAUUAAAGGCAUUUAACGCGUUAUGAAAGGUAGACAGUCAAACCAACCGCUUCGUGUGCAGGUCAAAGAGGCCUUCAUUUGCGUUUUCAUGUGACCAACAGUGAUGAAUUGGAGUAGCCAAGCUGAAAGGAGCAAAUAUCAUAAGCGCCCCCCCCCCCACUACCCAAAUCCGACUUAAGCAGAAUUGCUGCACCCGCCUGGGCAUGUGAGACAGUGGUAGUUCGUGCGGGAUGACAUUGACAUUUUAAAAAAAAAUAAACAACACAAAACUGCAUUUUUUCUCAGUUGCUGAGACUGAGAAGACUCUGUAGUCAUGAUGAUGAGGAUUUUGGGGAUAGGAUGUCUAAAAUGUUGGAUUUUUUUCCGACGCAGGUUAUACCCUGAAGAAAUUUCAAAAGCCGCUGUCACUCGAGUUAAAGGUAUGACUAGACAGGAUUCUUUUAAAGCCACUCAUUCUGACGCUAGGGAUAGGUCUAAAUUUAUUUAACUUUUCAUCCCAAUAACCUAAAAGCUCGUUUUCUGGUUCUGAUGGCAGACCCUGUCACAAAUGAAAUUUUCAGAAAACCUCCUCUUUUCGCUUUCCGGCGGGACAAGAGCCUUAGGGACAUGCUAGUUAGAAGCCACCUCCCUGCUAUUAAAGCAUAUAAAGGCACAAAAUGUUGCAACCGUAGCCGUUGCAACUCAUGUCCCUAUGUGAUCGAAACUGAUACGAUCACUUUCCCUCUGGGAGUAUUCAGAAUAAAAGAUGGCUUUACCUGCACAAGUCGCAACGUGAUUUACACCAUUAUUUACAAAAAGUGCGGUAAAUUAUACAUAGGAGAGACAGGUCGUUGCCUUGGGGACCGGUUCAGAGAACACCUCUAUAACAUAAAUAAACAAGCUCUCUGCCCGGUCUCCAAACAUUUCAAUAGCCCUAACAAUGAUGGUAUCUCAGACAUCGCAGUUAUUGGUAUACUCUAUACUAGUAACACUAUAGGUAUAAUCUAUAUGGGGAACAAAUUAAUAACAAGAUUUGGUACGUUGUCUCCAUAUGGAAUGAACCAAAUCCACAAUUUUACCUAGCUGCCAUGGUUUUUUCCUGUUUGGUUUUUACAGUUAUGUUCAAAUCACUUCCUUUCUACUCCUCUUUACUUUGUUUUUGUCUGUUUUUAGCGCCCUCUCCUAUUUUUUUUCUUUUUUAGGUAGGAUAUUUAUAUUUAUAUUAUGUAAAUUUAAUUUAUACUUAUUUAAAUGUGUUUUUUUGUUUGUACUGAUGAAGACAUGUGCCGAAACGUUUACUUGUGUAUAAAGUAUACUUAUUAUUAAAGCGUAACUUAUAUAGUUAUAUUGACACAAUUUGUUCGUGUCUUAUUAAUCCAUUUCUUAUUAGCAAGAGGUCUUGAGGUAGAUGCCGUUGCAGUCGACUGGCGUCCUCUACGCAGCCCCAGAUUAGCAAAACGUCAGCAUGCAUACAUGUUUUGACCAACAUACUGGGUAGCUUGCUCAUAUAGGCGAGGAAGAGUGUGCGACUAAGGGCAGGCCCUUGUGUGUAACAUUUAAGAAGCUUAUAAUGAAUGUACAACAAACUCUUUUUUUUAAUUAUUAUUAAGAAAGGCCGUGACAAACUGUUCCCUUGAGACAUUUCUAUACUCACAAAAUGCAACCACCCAAUUAGUGACGUAGUAUGACUUAAAGCUGAAGUCGGUUUAAGUCAUCAAACUGGGGAUUCCCAAAUUCCGCGCAAACAACGACUACAUAAAAAUGGCAUCACCAAUUUAUUGGGAACGCCUAUGACUGUAGGACCCCAGUAAUGGCAAUGCACACUUGGUAAACGCCCCGGAACUACGUGGUAAUCUAAUCUCACGUUAAACAAUCCUUAAAUCACACAAUGUACUGUAGCUUAUUAAAAUGGUGCAGCACAUAUUCCCGUAUAUUUGAAGAAUAUCAGUGCAUUAAACAGAUAAUGUUUUGUUUAAAAUUUAUGUUACGUAUUUUUUGUGUGUUCAAAGUACAUGGUAUACAACUUUAUUUACAAGGCGUUGACCAAAAUAACUUAACUUGAUUGUCACCCCGAGACAUUAAAUAUGAAAAUAAUAUUUUAUUUUCCUCUCUUCCCUCUACAUUUAACAAUUUUUUAAAAAUUACAGCUUUUGGAUUAAGGGGAUUAUGACCACAUUUUUCAGCUACCAUCUUUAGGCCAGGAGGUAUGACGACGUUUAAUUUGUUUGAGAUCAAUAGUUUGGUUUUAUUGUGAUUGAUCAAACUUUAAUCGAACACAGUCACACCGAGAUUUAUAGUGUACACUAUAAUGUGUGACCCGAUGUCACAAGGAUAAUAAGAGUAGGCAUCUUGGUAUAAUUUCUACACACUCUUCUGACGUCUCAACAUCAACGUCAAAAAAUAAAAUUUGUACGUAUAUAACAGAAUCAGUUUUUGAUAUUUUAUAUGUUUAAAUAAGAAAAAAGAAAAGUACAAAGACAAUGCACGCCCUUGAAACGUAAAGUUAGAAAGAGUUUAUUAAAUUUCCAUUACUUUUAAAAGAAGUAUCUUUACAUCGAUGUUUUCUCACAUCACAAUUUUCAUUUUAAAAAAAAAAUGCUCUAGACUUUCUAGAUUUUUUUCUCUCUUCAACAGGUUGUGGACCUGGCCUUGCUAAAUGCUUGAAUCAUUUCACACAUGCUAUUUUUGAACACGAAUUGGAUCUUGAUUCUAUUUGCUGGUAUCAAAAAUAGAGUUUUUCAUUACAUUACAUUGAAUAAAACAAAAAGAGCGCAUUUAGCAUAGUUAUCGUAGUCCAGCAUUAUUGAGUAUCCUGAGAACAUCACACAUUUUUUCAUAUUCAUUGAAAUUUUAAAACAGAAAUCAUGUCAUUAAAGUUAAGUGAACAGCCACUAAAAACACAUAUAUUUAUAAAUCCUUUAUAUAUAUUUAUAAAUAUUUGCAUUCGCAUUUCAAUGUCCCACCCGCAGAUUCAUUUCACCAACUAUUUCAGAAAAAGAAAAGAAAAUAUUACGCACCAAACGCAUUAGCGGUAUAUUUACGAAUCUCAUUUAGCGCAGUUAUCGGGAAUUUUCUUCCCUGAAAUCAGUUGCACCAUAUUUCCUUCACCUUCCCUUUAUAAAACAGGAAAAAUAAUUUUAUGAGGUUUGGGUUGGAGGAUGAGGCUGAAAUAGGUGAUAGGAGGUGUUGUUAUCGGCCACGAGUCUGUGUUCCAGGUUUCAGCUCGAUAGAUUUACGAGAAGUGGGUCAAUGAGCCGUCCGAAAAUUUUACCACCAAACAACCAAGAAACACACACACAAAAGCGAAUAUAGCAUGAAGGAUUGAAAAAAAAAAUUAAAUUGCUUCUAAGACUGCGUAAGUUAGGAGAAUAAAUGUAGUAUUAAAAAUAUAAUUAACCAAUGCUGCAUAGAAGGUAUAAUAAUGAAAUAAAACAUUUUUUUUUUCAAUUUCAGGAAUGCAGUAGAGUUGACUACAUGUGUGAUAAGUACAACGUGCGGAAUAUCAAAGAGCUAUGCAUUGUUUGUUCUCUCAGAUCUGAAGGUCAAACUAAAUCUUUAUCUGGAGUGCCGUAAGUUCUUAGAACUGAAUCUUAACAUUCUUUCUAUUACGGUUUCUCUCAUUAGGCCAUCAAUGUACUAUCAGCUGUUUUUACUUUCCAUCAGAUCUGCAAUAAUACUUUUACAGAUACGUUUUUUGUUUUAAAAAAAGGGAAAAUUGAUAGAACAUUUUAAAAAUUUAUAUUUCACAAUUAUUUUUCUAUAUUUCCUCCUAACUAUUUUCGAUUUAAAUAAAGGUAUUAUCUAAUUAGCAAAUCUACUACAUAGUUAAAGAGAUGCUUUCUAAUAAUAACAUGACAAAGUCAGUUUAAGCUUAAACAACCCUUAAAAACAAAGAAAGUCCUAUAAAUCCUUUAUAUAAUGUUAUAUUGAGCAAUUGGUGUGUGGGGGGGGGGGGCAAAGCAUGCUUUAGGCUAAUGCGCUUUGUAAAAAAAAAUAACAAUUUUAAAGAUAUGCUUUCUAAUAAUAACAUGAAAAAUUCAGUUUAAGCUUAAACAACCCUUAAAAACAAAAAAAGUCCUAUAAAUCCUUUAUAUAAUGUUAUAUUGAGCAAUUGGUGUGUGGGGGGGGGGGGCAAAGCAUGCUUUAGGCUAAUGCGCUUUGUAAAAAAAAAUAACAAUUAGAGCUCCCCCACAAGGCUAGCAAACACAUAUUUUUUUCACGCACCUGAACUAUAUUAAAAUGCACAUUUUAUUGACCCAUCAGCAAUACACUGCAGAUUUAUUUCACUAACUAUUUCAGAAAAAAAAAUUAUAAGAAAUAAUUACGCACAAAAUGCACUUGCGAUAUUUUUUUCUGAAAGAAUCUCAUGUAGCGCAGUUAUCGGGACUUUCAUUUCGUGAAAUCAGUGUCAACCUGCAUUUUGGGGGUGGGGCUGAAAAUGUAGCAAAGUGUGUUUUCAUUAGCAACGAGUCUAUGGGCCGAGUUUCAGCUUAAUAGCGAGUUUCAGCUUAAUAGUUUCGCGGGAAGUGGGUUAUUAGCCGUCCGAAUAUUUGGCCAGCCACCCAGCCGCGAAGAAAAGCGGAGUUAAUAAAAAACGAAUUUAAAAUCAAAGACACACAUUUUCUCACAUUAUCAUUCGUACAUCUUUGUUUUGUUUCAGCAGACUUCUCUCCGCAAGAAAUUAUCGACAACAUCGACUGGGAUAAUAAAAGACAACACAGUGAUGAAUUUUGACAUUUUGACCACGUCAUCACUGUUUAAUGUAAAUCACAUCUUCUACCAUUCUUUUCUCAUGUUCCAAAAUUUUAAAGAACUAUCAUUUUUUUUAAAGCAUUUUUUUAAUUUGUGCUUGUGAUUGUUGUAUAUGUUUAAAUGGAUUUCUGAAUUAUUUUAGAUGGCAUACACUACACCGGCUGCCAUCUUAAUGUUAUUUAUUUAUAUAUUAUAACGAAAAAUGAUUUAUUUUUUUAUUUGUAAAAAAAUCUCAUAACUUCAAUGCGUGAUAUAAAUCGAGUUUGUUCAUUACGUAUACGUUAGUGAGAUAAAUCUUGGAGAAAAAAUGGUUUGAAGAAACGCUUUUAGAAUCUGAAUAUUACAUAACAGUUUAUUCUGAAUAUCAGAAAUUUUCUCCAUUUAUUGAUCAACAUGGAGGUAACAAAAAACAAAAAAAAAAA